CUUCCGACCAAUAGCGUGUCUCCGGAGGCGUGGCCACGGCGGCCAGGCGUGUUUGGCAACAGGUUGCUCUGGCAGCGAGGUGCAGCGAUAGUCCCCUUCGUCUCAUCCCACCAGGACGCUUCGGGAUAUUUCCGUACAGGCUCCCCUGCGCACCAGCCAAGAAGUGGACAUGAGCACCCUCUCCGCCGACAGGAAGGCCCCGGUGGACUAUGGCGUUCAAAUCCGCUUCAUCAAGGACCUCCACGACACGGGCGGCGCAACGCCGGAGAAAUCCAGAGGGAGCAACUCCGCCUCGCCCCAUCCCGCCAGUAAAUACGGCGUGGCCGUGCGGGUUCAGGGGAUCUCCGGGCAGCCGUACGUGGUGCUGAACGACGGCGCCAAGGGCGACUCGUACGGCGUUCAGCUUAACACGCCGGGCGCCGGCCCCACGGCGCCCUCGUCGCCUUACAAGAACGCUCCCAAAAGCAAUGGCGUGGCGGAAUUCGCAGCGCCUCACAGCGCCAGUGUGAGUCAGUCUCCCGAGGAUGAGGAUGGGGAAAUCUAUCGGAGCCCCUCAAGAAGACCUCCUGGGGACGGUCAGGCGGGGAGCCACGGGGAGGAGGAAGCCAGAACCGCAGAACCUCAAGUCAAAGCGGCCGCGAGUGAAGCGCAGAAAGACCAAAAUGGGACCAGUCAGGAAGAGUACAACGAAGCCGGUUUGAAACCAGUCAAGGGUGCUGGGCCUAGGGGGUUCAAACAAAAUGGAUUCACAGGCUCCCCUUCGAAAUACACCAACAAGCAGGUUGCGGAACCGCUUACGGAGCCCCCGUUGACCGACGAGAAGCCCAUCGACACAAACUCCCUCGCUCCGAUCAAUAAGCUCAUCAGUAAAUUCAACAAUCGGACGCCGGGUGGAUCCUCCCAAACCAGGGGCCGGAGCGGCGCCCGGCAGCCGCUCAAGUUUGAAGAACGCAAGCGCUCCAGAAGCCUGGACGCCCGAAAGGAAACCUCCCAGCCCUUGCCGCCCUCCCCGACCUUCAAUCCCUACGCUCUAUCUUCCGACACGUCCAGUCGUGCGAGCUUCACGUCACACUCAAAAUAUCCUCCCAAGGAGACUUCUCCGGUCACAACCCAAAAACCUGAGAUCCCACCGAGGACUCAAAAAGUCGCCGGCGGUGGGGUGAAGACUCCCACCAAGCAAGCUAUUUACAACGGUCCGAAAGAAGGCACCAAUGAGACCGAAGCAUCCCUCGGAAGUAAGACCAACUUUAUCUACGAGACUCUCGGGGCUUUCAAGAAGGAUGGAAUCCAGAAGAAAUUCAACAUGGUGGAGCUGGAGGAGCAGCUGGCUCGCUGCAAGAAGCAGCUGCAGCGAGCCCAAGAAGAGUUGGCCGAGGAGCGCAUCGGUCGAGAGAUGGCCGAGUCUCGCCUACGUCUACAAGAAGAUCAGCUGGCCGAGCUUCAGGACGCGCUCAGGAGGGAAACGCCGACCCAUCCCGACUCGCUUAGGACGGACAUGGCGGGCCUGCAAGCGGAGCUGGCUGAGGCGUCGGCGCGGCGCCGCCAUCAGGACGAGACGCUGCGGCAGCGUGAGCGCGAGCUGACUGCCCUGAAGGGGGCGCUCAAGGAGGAGGUGGAGUGUCACGACCGCGAGAUGGAGAUGCUCAGGGAGCAGUACGGGCGAGACAUGGACAACCUCCGUAAUACCAUGGAGCAGCUCACGCAGUCGCAAGAGCAGAUCGAGGAGGAGCGCGAGCGCGUCAACUCAACCCUGGUGAGCCUGGAGGAGGAACUGGACAGCUGCAGGGAUCGAGGAGAGGACUGGAAGUCGCAACUGGACGCCACCUCGCAGGAGCUGCAACAAACGCAACAAAAGACGGGGAUGCACUCCGGCAGUCACAUGCUUCUGAAGUGUCAAUUGGAGAAGGAACAUUUUGAGAGCGAGCUGAAGGACGUUCAAGACUCGCUACUCGCCGUGCAAAAGCAGCAUUCGCCCUCGUCAGCUGAGGAGCUUGAGCGUUGCCAUGACGACCUGCGCCAAGCUCGCCUGGCGGCCGACGAGCAGCGGGACGCCCUCCGCGACAAGAACGACACUCUGGAAGCCCUCAAGAGAGAGAGCAGCCAGCGCAAGGCCCAGCUCCUGGAGCAGAUCGCCGAUAUCAAGGCGCAGAAUGCCGAGGUGGAGAAGAGCCUCCAAAAAGCCAAACAGGCUUCUUCAUCUUCUUCAUCGGUGGAUCACAGCACCAAUGCGGAGCUCCAGGAAGCAAACGCUCGGCUCCGAGAGAGGAUCACCCGCAUGAGGCUGCAGUCCAGCACGGCCCGCAACCCCGAGGCCGAGGAGGCCCUGGAGGACCAGAACCGCUCCCUCAAGACCCAGCUGGAAGAAGCUAAGCGAGGGACGUCGCGGCUAGCUAAGGAGAAGGACGAGCUGAGCCGCCGCUUGGAGGAGAGGGACUUGGAGCGUGAGGCCCUACGGCGGAGCAAGGGCGACCUGGAGGAGCAGAAGAGGCUCCUGGACCGAGCGCUGGAGAAGAUGAACAAAGAGAUGGAGGUGAUGAUGGGCGACUCGCGGCAAUCGGUGGCCGCUUUGCAGACUCAGCUGGACGAGCACCGGGAGCGCUCCCGGAAGGACUUGCUGGAGGCCCAACGCAGCAACAAGGACAGGAUGGCCGAGCUGCAGAGGGCGCAGAGCAACCUCAAGACUCAGCAGGAGGAGGUGUCCCGGUUGAAGAAGGAGCUCCUGGGCUGCAGCGAGGAACGAGACAGCGCUCAGCUGGAGCGAGACCUCCUCAGCAACCGCCUCAAGCACUUGGAAAGCGAGCUGGAGUCACAGAAGGGAACUCAGACGGACCGCAACCGCGAGAUCAGGGGGCUGGAGGAUAAGAUCAAGACCCUGGAGAUCGAGUUGGACGAGGAGCGAAGCAGCGUGGAGCUGUUGAACGAUCGCAUCACACGCAGUCGAGACCAGGUGGACCAGCUCCGCUCCGAGCUGAUGCAGGAGCGCUCGGCCCGACACGACCUGGAGAUGGACAAGAGUGCCAUCGAGAGGCAGGUGAAGGAGCUGAAGUCCCGCGUGGCCGACAUGGAGGGACAAACUCGACCCUCGGCCGGCAUCGCCGUGCUGGAAAGCAAAAUUCAGGAGCUGGAGGAGAGGCUGCGCAGUGAAGAACGCGAGAAGAGCAGCAUUCAGGGUUCUCAGAGACGAACAGAGAGGAAACUGAAGGAGGUCAACGCUACGCUGGACCAGGAGAGGAUCCAGCACGUAGAACAAAAAGAUCAGCUGACCCUGCGCGUGAAAGCUCUCAAGCGGCAGGUAGACGAGAGCGAAGGAGAGGUGGAGCGUCUGGAGGGAGUACGCAGGAAGGUCCUGAGGGAUCUGGAGGAGCAGCAGGAGCUCCAGGAGGCACUGCAGGCCAAAGUCACGGCCCUGGAAUCGGAAUUAAAGCGGAAAGUACAGAGCUCCCACCGCAGCGCUUUGACUACACUGAGCUCAGAAGACGACGACACUUUCUUCGACGUGAACGUCGCCGCCAUCUUGAACGAAAGCCACCACCAAGGCUCCAACUGUUAAGAGAAAAGUCUCAGCCUCAGUGCUUUAUGUUACAACUCUUCUUAAUUUAUUGAAUAUUUGAUCUUGAAAAAAUUUGUAUUUUUUUUCCCCAAAUUUAUGUUUUCCUGGAAAAGGAAAAUGGCUACAGUUUGAAUGUGACUUUUAAAUCAUCUGAGCCUAACUUGGACACCGACUGUAUUUGCGGUGUAUAUUCUUCAAGACAAUCGCACACAUCGACACUGUGACUCUAAUUUCAUUUUUAUAACCCAAAUACGAAACGUAACUUUUCACUGGAAGGCCCUCAAAGUAGUUGUUGUCGUUUGUAUCCUGGCUUGAACCGUGUGGAAAAUUUGCUGUAAUUUUAGCAGAUCCUUAAAGUAGAUUUUGACUAAUAAAACGAGCUCUGUGUCAUCACA